AUGGAUCGGCCUCACAGUAGUUCAGACUCGCUGCAUUCAGCGGCAGUGGAUGGCUCCUGGACGAUGAACGCGCUAGGCAUCACCUCGAACCAUGAGACUUUCUACCCAACAUACACCACCCACAGUCCCCGCUUGAGUGAGCCGUCAAUAGAGCUGUCAUCUACCCAGAUAGCCUCACCGCAACCCCGACGCAUGUACACACCUAUCGCCCCUCUACCCCUUGAGACACCCCGCUCACAUGGAACCAAGAGGUUUCGCCAAGAGGAAGAAGAAGUAGUCGAUGAGCCUAAACGAAGAAAGCGAUCAGACUCACAGAUAUCGACACAGUUCGAGCUCAGUGAGGAAGAUAAACUACUGAUACAGCUCAAGGACGAGGAAAAAAUGCCGUGGAAGGACAUCGCAGCACGCUUUCUGACAGACCUCAACAAGAAUUACCAGAUACCAGCAUUACAGAUGCGUAUCAAGCGACUACAUGAACGGAUGCGUGUGUGGACCGAGGCAGACGUCAAGGCACUGCGUAUGGCACAUGAUUACUGGGCGCAAAGCAAGUUCGAAAUCAUCGCGCAAAAGAUGCUGGAGUUUGGCGCUCAAGACAAGUGGACAGCACGACAAUGCUCGCGCAAAUGGCAAGAGAUCGAUCCUGCACCCAUGCCAUAUGCUCAUUUCGAGCAUCACGUCCAACAGGGCUUUGCUCCCUACGCGAUGAGUCCUAUUGAGCCGUCAUCUAGCAGCUACCUACCUUACCUGCACGCCUAG